GAAUAUUGUUUUGCUUUUUGAGUUAGCAUUACGUAUUACCCUAAAAUAAAAUUAAAUUUCGGGCUAUUAUAAACAUUCAAAUUUGAGAGUAUUUUGUGUUAUUAAUAUCAAAAUAUAUCCUAAAACAUGUUAUAAAAAAGCUACCUAACUAGUUAUUUUUCAUUAAUUUGCUAUCCUCAUUUAUAAAGAGCUACUAUAUAAGUAUUUGUUAAAUAAAUAAGGCUAUAUUAGGUACUCAAGAACGUUCUAACAUAAAAAUAAUUUGGCAAUUGUCCUGACCCCCGAAAAAGGUUAUCAACACACAUAAAUUCGAAUGUAAUAAAUUUCUUAUUCACAAAUUAAUUAUUAUCAAUCCGUAUUCAACUAAAAAAACACGUUUCAUUUGCCAAUUUUGUUCUUAUUUGCAUGAUUUAAGAAAGUGAUACCAGAUAAGUGUAUUGAGAAAAUUUAUUAACUUGAGAAUGCACAGUUUAAAAGUGGUUAAAAGUAGAGAAAAACCAAAAAAAUGGUUUGGAAUUCGACACAUUCAGUAUUUAAUGUUAUUUUUUAUCGUCAAUGUAGCGUACGGGAUCAGAUCAAUACUAAGUAUUGCAAUUUUCCCAAUGACAGCUGAAGUUCCUCCACAUAAAGGUAUCCCAACAUAUCCAGAAUGGGUAGAGCACAAAAAUAUAAUACUAUCUUCAUUCUUCUGGGGAUACAUUUGUUUCCAAUUAUUUGCCGGUCAGAUAAUUAAAUAUUACGGGCCCAAAUGGUUUCUCGGAGUAGCGAUUUUUAUAGGAUCUCUAUUUUGUGCUUUGAUACCUCUUAUUGGAGGGCAAAUGGGUUACGGAGGGGUGAUAUUGUGUAGGAUAGUUACAGGAUUAUCCCAAGGAUUUCUUUUUCCUUGUACACAUUCAUUAUUAAGUUCUUGGACGGCUUUGCAGGAUCGAGCGAAAUUUGGAAGUUUCGUUUACGCAGGUGGUAAUUUAGGAAACGUAAUAUCAAUGCCGAUAGCAGGUUUAAUAUCAAAUUCAAGUUUUGGUUGGCCAGCGGUAUUUUACCUUUACGGAAUUUUGGGUAUGGCAUGGACAUUUUUAUGGUUUGCAUUCGGAUCAGACAGUCCUUCUAAACAUAGUAAAAUAACGGAAGAAGAAGUUAGAUAUAUUGAAGAAAAUACUACUACCAACAGUGACGAUUCUGAGAAAGUUAUACCUACUCCAUGGAAAGCAAUAUUAUUAUCGCCGCCAUUUUGGGCAAUUCUGGUGUCUCAUUGCGGUCAAAACUUUGGGUUUUGGACGCUGCUUACCGAGACUCCAUCUUAUUUGCAUCUCAUUCUUGAUUUCGAUCUCAAAUCGAAUAGUACACUGUCAUCGUUGCCUUAUUUAGUCAAUUGGAUUCUAAGUCUUUUAAUUAGUCCAAUAGCCGAUUAUCUAAUUAUCAAAAAAUACGUAACUUUGGGACAAAGUAGAAAAAUAUUCAACAGUAUCGGAUUAUUCAUACCAGCUGCUGCUCUCAUUGCACUAACGUUUGUUGGGAAUACGAAUGCAACCGUAUCCGUAUUAUUAUUAACGUUAGCAGUGGGAUUUAAUUCCGGUAUAUACUCUGGUUACAAUGUAAACCAUAUCGAUAUAUCUCCUAUUCACGCUGGAACAUUGAUGUCUAUAACAAAUACAGUUUCGAAUAUAUUCUCGCUGAUAUCUCCUUUGGCGGUAGAUGCCGCUGUGUCUAUUACUGGUUAUAAAGAAACUCAAAAGCAGUUGUGGUCGUUCGUUUUUUGGGUGGCGAGCGGAACUUACAUAAUUUGCGGUUGUGUUUACAACGUAUUUGCUUCUGGUGAGGUUCAACCUUGGAAUAAUAUUGUGAAUGAUAGCGAUCUAGAAAAUACCAAAGAAGAAAAAUCCUCAAAAAUUGAAGAAAUACAAAUGGAAAAGACAAAAACGUGAAAUUUUCAUAGUGAUUCUAUUAUUAUUGAUAUAUUUAUAUAUAGAAAAAGUUUUUUAUCUAAAUGAAUUGAAAAAUAGAAAAAAAGUUGAAUAAUUUGAAAAAAUAUUUAGUUUAGAACUGUUUAUACAUGUUGAAGUUGAGUUAAACCAUCGAUAAACUUGUCUUUUUAUAUUUUUGUUGUUUUUAAUAAAAGGAGUACUGAAAAAUGAUUUAAUUUCACCAUUA